AUGGAAACGAGACGAAUGAGAAGAUUUAUGCGUCAUCAAAGACCCAACACCACUCUUCUUCCUCUUCACGCUCCUCCCUCUUCCUCCACCCACCUUUCCAAUACCGUCUCCUUCUUCUACUGCGAUUACAAAUUCACCUUCUUCAAUAAACCUGUUUAUCUCUUCGGUCGCCGAUAUGCCAAGUUUCUCAGACUCUGGUUUUCUAUUGGCCUUGGAUUUGCCCUUUCUGCCAUGCUUGCUGUCACCCUGAUUUUGCUCUGGGAGUUAGCAACUGCUUUGCAUCUAUGUGGAGAUAGCAUUAGGUUUAGAAGUAUUGCCAGUGAAUUGCUGUUUGGGUUCCCUCAUUUGCGGUCUGGUUUGAGGUUAUCACUUGUUGAUGCUGGAUAUAUAUGUAUUUCUACUAUCGUUUCUGUUUUUGUGCAUGAAUUUGGCCAUGCACUCGCCGCCACUAGCAGUGAGGGAGUACAAGUAGAGUACGUUGCCAUCUUCGUCGCAGUUCUAUUUCCUGGUGCUCUGGUUGCCUUCAAUGAUGAUUUGCUGCAAGCUUUACAACAUUUGACUUCCCUUCGCAUAUAUUCUGCUGGCAUUUGGCACAAUGCAGUUGUGAAAAUACCAGUGUUUAAAGUUGAUGAUCCAGCUGCAUGGAUUACGCGUGCUGAGAUCUACUUUGAUGUUCAAAAUACACAUGACAAUAUGCGACUAAAACUCACUCGAUUGAGCAUGGAAGGUUCCACCAUCCACUGGUUCAAUCUAUUGAUGGAAACAGAUAAUGAGUUGUCACGAGAGAAGUUGAUGAAGGCACAAAUCACAAGAUACAGAGGACGAAGAUUGGAAAAUCCGUUUGAAGAAUUAUCGAUAUUGAGGCAAACUGGAAGUGUUGAAGAGUUUGUUGAGGCGUUGGAAUUGUUGUCCUCACAAAUUAUGAGGAUGGCAAAAGAUGUGGAGGAUGAAUUGAAAGAAGACGACGAUGACAAUGAUAGGGGCUGUGGGAGGAAAAAUGGAGUGUAUCAUUUAGGCUGCAAGGAGUGGAAUGUGCUUGGUUUCUGUCAGAACGAGCUGUACAUGUGUUAA